AUAAUUUCAAGCAACGUUCAAUCAGAAUACAAAUAUUUGUUGGUAAUUGAUUACGGUCAUGGAAGAUCAUCGAAAGUUGCGGCUACCUGAUUCUCACGUUUCAGAGUUUUAUGAUUACGACGAUGGUGUGUUGUUGAUGGGAAAGGGGCUUUACAGAAGAAGAUACGGCGACAUGGGUGACAAUCACCACAGAAUCCAAGAAAAGGCGAGGAAGAUGGGGAAAUCGCUGGAUCCAAGGUUGACUGUGGUGUUUGAGUUUUUCCGAGAGCUAUACGUCCGGAGGAAGGAAUUGUUGAAGAACAUAUUUCCGGAAGAUCACCAUGAGUUUGGAGAGCUUCUCGAUAAAAUCACGGAGGAGUUGUUUCGACGUUCUCGAGUCAGGACGAGUGAAGUAAAGGUUAGAGGCUUGCGGAGGAGUUUGAGUAUUGGCUCGCCGCGGGAGCUAAAGGGAAAAGGCGACGAGCCGACGGUUAAAAUUGGGGACGACAAAGGCGGCGAGCCGUCAUUGAGGCUCCAUAGAUUCAAGAUUCGGACGGUUAAAGUUGGGGACGACGAAGGCGGUAGCACUGGCCAGGGCGAAACCAAACCAACUGGGUCCAAAUAGCGGUUUUCUUUUUCUUUUCUUUUCUUUUUUUUUUUUCUUUCAAUUAAAGUGAAAAAUAAGACAUUGUAAAUGUGUCCUCUUAUUUUUUGAUAAAAUAUAAUUAAAUAUUUUUC